AUGACCCGAAACAGGCAUAUCUCUAUACUCAGUGUUGUGAUCCUUACAGGGUACCAUCAUGACUCAUCCUCACCCCACCUACUGCGCCCAUCUCCUUGUCUCCGUGCAUCGCGCAACCCACUGCCGCCCUGUCCCAGCGACGUGGCCAACACCAACGUGACUGGCUCGCUGCCAGCCUCCCUUGGUGCUCUCCCCAACCUCACUCAAAUAUACACCCCUCCAGGAAUGACAUGCGGCAGGGCGGGCAGCAGCUGUGAGAUCCAGCAGAGCGCCUCCUCGUUCUUCUGCACAAAUCUUUGCUUUGACUUCUGUGCCUCGUGCAUCCCCCUCAAUGCAUCCCGUGUCUUCAGUCGUGCCCGCUGUCCACAGUUCCCCAUGGCCCUCGUGGCACAGGCAACGGGUGGGUGGAGUGACGCUAGCAGGGUGGAGAAGCACGGGUGCAGCAGCAGCAGCAGCAGCAGCGGUUGGGGGCAGAGGUACAAGGCAGUAAGUCCUGUGGAUGCACGCCAGGUGUGGUUCGUGGUGAGGCGUGGCAACGAGGAGCUUUCAGCAAGCUUCCAGAUAGAGGUGGCCAUGUUGUGGGCCAUCCGCCAUACCAACCUGCAGCGACUGCUGGGGUAUUGCUGGGAGAAGCGUGGCACUUCAUUUGACCACCACUCGCCUGCUGCUGCUGCUGGUGGUGCCGAUACUGCAAAGAGUGCGAGUGAUGAUAAUGCUAAGAGUGCUAGUCCUGAUGCUGCAGCUGCUGCCAGUCAUGCGGAGGAGCAAGCAGAGGAGCAGUACAUCCACGCCUGGCCCCCUGCCCCGCCACCCUACUCUCUCCAUGCCUACCCCGCCCUCCAUGCCUACCCCGCCCUCCAUGCCUACCCCGCCCUCCAUGCCUACCCCGCCCUCCAUGCCUACCCCGCCCUCCAUGCCUACCCCGCCCUCCAUGCCUACCCCGCCCUCCAUGCCUACCCCGCCCUCCAUGCCUACCCCGCCCUCCAUGCCUACCCCGCCCUCCAUGCCUACCCCGCCCUCCAUGCCUACCCCGCCCUCCAUGCCUACCCCGCCCUCCAUGCCUACCCCGCCCUCCAUGCCUACCCCGCCCUCCAUGCCUACCCCGCCCUCCAUGCCUACCCCGCCCUCCAUCCCUACCCCGCCCUCCAUGCCUACCCCGCCCUCCAUGCCUACCCCGCCCUCCAUGCCUACCCCGCCCUCCAUCCCUACCCCGCCCUCCAUGCCUACCCCGCCCUCCAUGCCUACCCCGCCCUCCAUGCCUACCCCGCCCUCCAUGCCUACCCCGCCCUCCAUGCCUCUGCGUCUUUGCCUGCUCGUUCCCCUCUGUAUGUUUCCCUCUGUCCCUUAUGUCCCCUCUCCUCCCUUUCUCUCUCUCUAAUCCCCUCUGCCCCCCUCGCACAGCGCCUAGUGUCACGCAACACAACAGCGCAGCUGCGCGCCGCCCACCUGCCCCAAGCACCUGACGCCAUCGUGCUGCCCAUGGUGCGCCUCGCCCUCUCCUGCACCACUUCCGACCCCCUCGCCCGCCCCACUGUCACCGACCUGCUGCGCUCCAUCAAGGCUCUCAAGCGCUCCCUCUCCGCCCACCCGCGCUCAGCCCUUCCUGCCAACGCAGGGACAAGCAGGGAUGGUGACAGACCCCGAUCUGUCAGCGGUGGGGGGAAUCGACAGCCACAGGGAGGGGAGGGUGGAGAUGGGCUUUUGGGGGCUUUUAGUCAGAAUGCGCUAGAUGCAAAGUUGGACUUGCUUGUGGAGGAAGAGGAUAGUGGUAGGUUUGUGACAGAUGUGUAG